AUGGAGUUCGGGCUUUCCGAUAAGCGCCUUCGUACGGCAGUCCAUCUCAGCAAUGAGGCGGCUACAGAAGACGCGGCUGGUCACUAUUUAGCGGCCUUUGAACUCUACAAGCAGGCUCUGGAACAUUGGAGAAUUAUCUGCAAGUUCCAACAAAACCCUACCCUAAGAGACCGCAUAUACCGCAGAAUGGAAGAAUACAUUACGCGUGCAGAGCAGUUAAAGCAACACUUACUGUUGCGUGGGCCGAAACAACAAUUACGUCAGCGGCUGCUACUGAGCGAAACGUCGCCAGCUCCCUCUACCUCUCCACUUAAGCCUGUCAAAAGGGCAGCCCCGCCAACAACAGCUGCAACACCCCUCUCGCGAUCACCCGUUUGUCUUUCCCCACACGGCACUCCGAUGAACGCCGCAGCGGAAGCAGGCAAUAGCACGUCAAGGCCCGAGGCUGACGCUGCAGAGGGAGAAAGAAUCAAGCAAAAGAUCGUUCGGCUCGAGUCCGCGAAAGAGGCACUACAAGAGGCUAUCAUUCUCCCUUCGCGCUUUCCUAGUUUGUUUACUGGUGAGAAUAAACACCUUGAGAUCGACAUGGCAAGGUAGACCUGCUUUUGUAAUACGCAGCCCCCAGGAACAGGAAAGACUUUUCUAGCGAAGGCCCUUGCGGCCGAAGCGGACGCGACUAUCCUCUCAGUCUCGGCGGCUGACUUGGUGAGCAAGUGGCAAGGGGAAAGCGAAAAACUCGUUCGAUCUCUCUUUGAAGUGGCAAGGGACAGACGCCCCUCAAUAAUUUUUAUCGACGAAAUUGACUCCAUGUGUGGAUCGCGAUCAGAAAGCGAUAGCGAAUCGUCUCGCCGAAUGAAAACAGAAUUCUUGAUUCAAAUGCAAGGCAUCAACUUUGACCUCAGCCAGGUUCUCGUUCUCGGUGCUACCAAUACGCCGUGGGCCCUUGAUGCGGCAAUCCGUCGGCGCUUCGAAAGGCGCAUAUUUAUUCCUCUUCCGAAAAUGCAAGCGAGAGAGCAGUUGUUAAGAUGUGGCCUCCGUGGCACUCCGCACCAUCUUACUGACGAGCACUUCAAGCACCUCGCGAGACAAUUGGAAGGGUUUAGCGGCUCAGACAUUUCUGUUCUUGUACGGGACGCGCUAUUUGAGCCUAUCAGGCGGUGCCGGUCGGCUUCUGCCUUUAAGCAAGUGCAGCUUAACGGCCGCACGUUCUACACGCCUUGCCAACCAGAUGACCCAGACCCCACGACACGGCAAAUGCUCUUGAUGUCUGUUCCCGGAGAUAGAUUGCUUCCUCCCGAGGUUACUGUGGAAGACUUCCGUAACGCCUUGUUCCAUGCACGGCCUUCUGUCAGCCCAGAGGACUUACGCAUGCAUGUCAACUGGACGGAGCAGUUCGGCCUUGAGGGUAGCUGA